AACCCUCCUCCAUUUCUUUCCACACCUUUUCCCAGAGUAUAACCAAACCAAAUCCAAUCCCUACCUUCUUCGAUUCUCCCAUCCAGUAAUUCAAUUCCAUCCAUGGCUUCCGCUCUGCUAUCCGCGCCGACCUUCCAAGGCCUGAGGCCCCUCAACAAGCCCACAGACCUCUCCUCCUUCAAGCCCGCCGCCAUCUUCUCCUGCAAACCCAUCAUCAAGAAGAAGCUCAAUUGUAGCAUCAAAGCCGAGCUGAACCCUCAGCUAGUGAUCAGCCUGAGCACGGGCCUGUCGUUGUUCUUGGGAAGGUUCGUUUUCUUCAACUUCCAGAGGGAAAACGUGGCGAAGCAGGGAUUGCCGGAGCAGAAUGGGGUGUCGCACUUUGAGGCCGGGGAUACCAGAGCUAAGGAAUAUGUGAGUCUUCUGAAAUCGAAUGAUCCAGUGGGUUUCAACAUUGUUGAUGUUCUUGCCUGGGGAUCCAUCGGCCACAUAAUCGCUUACUACGUCCUUGCUACCUCUAGCAAUGGUUAUGACCCAAAGUUCUUUGGCUGAUCUUUUGGAAUAUCCAUUGCUGUUGUUGUUCAGCUCUUGUAUUUUAUUUUCAUUAUAUUGUAAUGCAAAAGCUUCCAUAUUCAUUUGUCUCCAAAAUUAACCGAUACUA